AGCGCGAGAGCGAGUGAGCUGCUGAGAGAGUUUACCCCGAUGAGGCGGUGAGAGGCCCGGGGCCUACCUCAGCGGAGCGGGCUCGCGGCGCCAGCUAGCAGCGGGCCCCCUCCCGGUCCCCGGGCCCGGCGGCUGCUUGGUUGUGAGGAGGCGGGGAAGCGAGUGUCCGGCCCCAGCCAUGGAGGGUAUGGACGUGGACCUGGACCCCGAGCUGAUGCAGAAGUUUAGCUGCCUGGGCACCACGGACAAGGACGUGCUCAUCUCCGAGUUUCAGCGAUUGCUCGGCUUCCAGCUCAACCCGGCCGGCUGCGCCUUCUUCCUGGACAUGACCAACUGGAACCUACAAGCAGCAAUUGGCGCCUAUUAUGACUUUGAGAGCCCAAACAUCAGUGUACCCUCCAUGUCCUUUGUUGAAGACGUCACCAUAGGAGAAGGGGAGUCAAUACCUCCUGACACCCAGUUUAUAAAAACGUGGCGGAUCCAGAAUUCUGGGGCAGAGGCCUGGCCUCCAGGGGUUUGUCUUAAAUAUGUCGGGGGAGACCAGUUUGGACAUGUGAACAUGGUGAUGGUGAGAUCGCUAGAGCCCCAAGAGAUUGCAGAUGUCAGCGUCCAGAUGUGCAGCCCCAGCAGAGCAGGAAUGUAUCAGGGACAGUGGCGGAUGUGCACUGCUACAGGACUCUACUAUGGAGGGGCUCCACGGGCCUUACCCCUUCGGCCAGUCUUAAACGGGUGUCAGCAAGAAGAAAAACUAACAAAAGACAGAAGGCUUGACUCUGGGGGGGGAGGGCAAGGGGUUCCUCUGGAUUGCAGACCACAUCGCACGGACCCCUGGCUCUGACCCCCGUCCUGGAAGAAGAGGAAGACGCAGAAAAGACUAGUUUUGAGUAAACUAAGUGUGCAUGUGUGAGUGCCGAGUCGCAGGAGUGGUGUUGAGGCUACCAGGAAGAGAUCCAUGCAGCCACUUUGGGCUUUGUUUGUUAGGUGUCAGUCUAACAAGUCACUAGGUUGCUCGGGAAGGAAAAGAAAAAAAUGUUUAAAUGGGGGAAAAAAGCCAUCUUUUUAAACAAAAAUUAUUUUGCCU